CUGCACUCCUCACUCACCCAGGCAGCUCUAACUCAUCUUCCUCACCUUCCCAACAAAUCACCUCACAAAAUGCAUGAAAUUAUCACACUGCAGUUUGGGCAGCAAGCCAACUACCUUGCCACACACUUUUGGAACACACAGGAAUCGUACUUCACCUAUUCUGCAGAUCAGCCGGAAUCACCCGUCGACCAUGACAUCCACUUCCGCCCGGGCAUCGCCCCGGAUGGCACCGAGACCUUCAUGCCGCGCACCGUGAUAUACGACCUCAAAGGCGCCUUUGGCACCCUCCGCAAGGUCAACGCCCUCUACGAAGUCAGCGACGACGCCACCGCCGACGCUUCUCCACUCACAUGGCAAGGGGCGCCCCCGACCCGGAUCCAGGCCGCCCCGCCCGUCCCGCUGUCCCCCUACCAGGCCGCGCUGGAGGCGAACCUGCCCCCGCGGCGCCCGCACCCGUCCGAGAUCCGCUUCUUCUCCGACUACGCCCGCGUCUUCUACCACCCGCGCUCCGUCGUCCCGCUCCUCGAGCGCGACGUCACCGUCACUCCCACCCCGGCCCCCGUCCCGGGCCCGGGCCCGGGCCCCGCCCAGUCCUCCUCCUCCGCCUCUCCUUUCCCUUCUUAUUCUUUCUUCGAGCGCCACGCCACCGGCGAGGAGCUGUUCGCCGACCUCGACCGCGAGCACGACCUGCUGGACCGGGACCUGCGCCCCUUCGUCGAGGAGGCCGACUGCAUGCAGGGCAUCCAGGUCCUGGCCGGCUUCGACGACGCCUGGGGCGGCUUCGCGGGCCGCUACGUCGAGCGCGUCAGGGACGAGUACGGCAAGGUGGGCGUCUGGGUCUGGGGCCUGCACGGCGGCAUGAGGGCUUUGCCUAGGGAGAAGAGGCUGCUGAGGCUGGCCAACAAGGCGAGGACCAUCACCGAGAUGUACAAGCAGGCCUCGAUCGUCGUGCCGCUGGCGGUGCCGGAGCGGCUGCCCUCCCCAGGGGUGAGCCUGGACCCGGCGUCGCAGUGGCAUACCUCGGCUCUGCUGGCUGCCGCGGUCGAGAGCGCCACGCUGCCGUCGAGACUGCGGGAUCCCUCCAAGAGGGACACCCUCGGCGGCAUGGCCGACGUGCUCAACGUCAUGGGCAAGCAGACCGUCGCGGGUCUGCAGAUGAGCUUCUCCCGGCCGGAUUCAGAAGGGCGCGGCGACUUGAGGCGGACCGUCUUGUCCGAGGAUGCGCUUUCCGAGGGCGUCAGGCUCGACAUUGGUUUCACGCCGUCGGAUCAGCUCGACUCGUACGGACUCCGGCGGUCCAACGGGUUUGACCGGCCGCGGGUGUUCAGCCAGGUCGUUGCGUCGCGGGGCUAUAAGGAGGAUGGGAAUGUGGAUGUCGAGAUGGACGAGGCAGGGCGCCGGAUCCGCCGAAGUUCCUACGAGCCGGUAACAAAGAGCUACAACUCGGACCUGCGGUUCCCGCUGCUGGAUAGCUUCCCCGAAAUCUUCCGCGGUGACGACGACGACAAGCCACUGACGGAGUCCGUCAACAUCAUAAGCAGCUUGUCCACCGAUUCGUCCGUCUCCGGCAAGCUGAAGCAUCUCCGCUCUACGGUGAUGCGCUCUAUCGCCUUGGAAGACCGCGAAACGCUCGGCAACGAUCUCAUGGAGAUGGCGGACGAGUACCACGAGGGGUGGUCAAGCGGGAGCGACGAAGGGGAAGACGACUGAUCGCUGAGCUGAUGCCCGUUUUCCCGCUCGCCGUCUUGCGGGUGCAUCUAUUCCUCGAACGGGGGCCCCCAGGCGCAACCCCUGAUGGUCCCAAGCAGCCCAAACUGAGCGCCAGAACCUCG